CAACAUUCUCAUCCUCGAGAAUCUGCUUGAGAGUUUUGAGACAUCUUUUCCAACGUUAACUUCUCUUUCUCUGCCCCAAGGGGCGAUUUUGAACUUCAAAAAGUUCUCCAAUGUCCCUAGUUUUUUAACUAAUUCAUUGUUUUUAUAAGCAUAUCUCAAGAGCUGGAUAUAAGCGCCGCUGCUCGGAAGCUGGAAUGUACAGUAUUUUGGCAAUCAAAUUAAUACAUACAUUUGAGGUUUCAGAUCCAAUCUAGAUGAAGUCGCUUCCCUUCCUGAUUCUGUUCUUCGCCGCCUCUCUCUCUCUCUCCACAGGAACAUGGGGUAAACUCCUUGAUACUGGUUCUGCAGCACCCCUUGAUCGUAAUGAUCCAAAUUAUGACAGCGGUAAGGAGCUUUAUUAGUUAGUAGGUGCAACUUUUUCUUCCCCACUUGAUGACUACAAAAGGGCUGUGACAUCAAUCAUUGAGGAGUAUUUCACCACAGGAGAUGUUGAGCUUGAGGCUUCCGACCUCAGAGAUCUUUGUUUGGAUGAUGAGUAUCACCAUUAUUUUAUUAAGAAAUUGAUUUCUAUGGCAAUGGAUAGGCAUGCCAAGGAGAAAGAAAUGGCUUCAGUUUUACUUUCGGCUCUUUAUGCUUAUGUAAUAAGCGCAUGUCAGAUUAGCCAAGGUUUUAUUAUACUUCUUGAGUCGGCAGAGGAUUCGGCAGUUGACAUAUUUGAUGCAGUUGAAGUAUUGGCUCUUUUCAUUACUCGAGCUGUUGUUGAUGAUGGAUUACCUUUUGCAUUUCUCAACAGAGCGAAGAAAGUGCUUCCUGAAAAUUCUAAGGGGUUUCAGGUUGUUGAAAUUGCUGAAAAGAACUAUCUUUCAGCUCCUCGUCAUGCUGAGUUAGUUGAGCGCAAAUGGGGAGGUAGUACUCACCUCACUGUUGAAAAAAUGAAGAAAAAGAUAUCAGAUCUAUUGAGAGAAUACAUUGAAAGUGGAAAUACAGGAGAGACUGGGUUGUUGCAUUAGGG